AUGAACAACCGAUUGGACGAGCUACCAUCCUUCAUGGACGACUCUGCCACGGUGAAUGAUUUGUCCCUGACGUCCCAUCGGUCUCUGCCGUCCAGCAACAAGAAAUCGUCCAGCAGCAAGAAAAAGACGACAAGAGCAUUUCCCAAAAAGCAAGAUUGGAAGAAAAUCAUCAAGGGAACAACAACCAAGAAGAAACACUCCAAAAAGAAGAAGAUUGAAGUGGUCGUGACACCGGGGGAGGAACGCGCCAAGUUAAUGGAACUCUUCUAUGACAAUGUGGAAAAGUUACAAAAGAGCAUUGGGUCCAUUGCCAAGGCUGCCAAAACAAUCCACCGCACCACGCGAGAUAUUCUAGAAAAGACGCUGUCGUCGCAAGAGGAGAAACAGCUGGAUGCCCAAGCUUGUCGUCUCGUCGAACAAACCAAUCAAAAGGCACAAAUGAUCCGGGCACAGCUAAAGGGUAUUCAACGGGAAACCAAGGAACUACGAAAACAGCAGCAGUUGUUGUUGGUGGAGAGUGACUUUCGGAUCCGCGACUUUUUAACCUCGGCAUUGACCAAGCAGUUUGUCGACGAGCUUCGCCGGUACCAAACCGCGCAGGGGCACUACAAGGUCAAGACACAACAAAGGCUCAAGCGACAGAUCCGGACCGUACAACCAAAUGCUACGGACAAUGAUAUUGAAGGAAUGAUCCAGAGGGGAGAAGACCGGGAUGCCUUCUAUCAACAAGCCAUUUUGGCACCUGGAAUGAUAAAUGAUCGGAUACGGACGGUGCAUGAAACAGUGUCCGAAAAGUACAAGGCCAUUCAGCAAAUUGAACAGAGCGCUGCCAUGAUCCAAGGACUCUUCUUAGAUCUUGCCCUUCUCGUAGAAGAACAGGGCGAGCAGUUGGAUCAAAUUGAGUUUCACGUGAAGCAAGCUGGAGACUACAUUGAGCAAGGCGACGAGGAACUACACCAAGCCAACGAAUAUGGCAAGAAAGUCCGCAAGAAGAAAAGGAUGAUUCUGCUCAUUGUCGGUGGAGUGGUGAUUGUGCUUGCGCUGAUUGUUAUUUUUUGA